UCCGGGGCCGUCCGCCAUGUCCGCCACCCUGCUCAACGCGCUGCGCAGCGACUCCUACGUGGAGCUCAGCCAGUACCGGGACCAGCACUUCAGGGGCAAUAAACAGGAUCAGGAAAAGCUGCUGUUGAAGAGCUGCACCUUGUACGUGGGCAAUCUCUCCUUUUAUACGACCGAAGAGCAGAUCUACGAGCUGUUCGGCAAAAGCGGAGACAUCAAGAAGAUCGUCAUGGGCCUGGACAAAGUGAAAAAAACCGCCUGCGGCUUCUGUUUCGUUGAAUAUUACUCCCGAGGAGACGCGGAGAACGCCAUGCGCUACAUCAACGGGACCCGGCUGGACGACCGCAUCAUCCGCACGGACUGGGACGCCGGCUUCAAAGAGGGCCGGCAGUACGGGCGCGGCCGGUCCGGGGGCCAGGUACGGGAUGAAUAUCGGCAAGAUUACGACGCCGGCAGAGGCGGCUACGGCAAGAUCGUACAGAGUCACUGAAGAGGAGACCCCGCCACUUCGGACACCUGGUGGCCCACCGCUCAGUCGGUGAAGACACGGAAGCUCUGAACUUAUUUAUAACGAACUAAUUUAUUUCCCUCUUUCAGAAAGUGUGUGUGUGUUGGGGGGGGAAAAGGCCCUUGACUUGCCACUCGGAAAAGAGCAUCAGUCGGUGCCUUUCCGCCACAUGGUAGGGUUUGUAUUUGAGAAGCGCUACGACGGCGAUGGUCGAGCGUCACGGCCCAAACCUCUUCAGGAGACUCGCCAAACGGGGUUUACGGCGGUAGAUGAAUUUGGAGAAUCGGGCCAAGGGGAUGAUGCGUCGCAGAAACGCUUUGACUGUGAACCUCCUCUUUGUUUCCGAGAUUCCUAAACUGUUUGUUUUUUUUUUGGGGGGGGGGGAGGGAUAUGGGGGCUGCUUCCUUUUGCAUUCAGUUUACCUUAGUCCACAUUAUCUGAUGGCAAGUAAGGCCAUCAGGUAGUGGGUUGGCGAGGGGGGAAUGCUUUUACUAGCCCGGAGAAAUGGCUUCCUCGAACCGGGUGCCCAAAAGGAAGCAGGGUAGUAAACUGACUAGCUUGGGCUGAUGCUUAGGAUUUUUUUUAAGCCCCUUUUCAACCGAAGCCCAGUCUAAUAAAUCGAACUUUCUAAUUUUUA